AUGGGAUUCAUCUCUGCAAAAAUUCCCCUCACGCCCCUGGACCAUGCGCCGCCCGGUAACUACUCCUGUUCGCUCUCCUAUCUCCCCUUACGACCGGGCGUCGACCCUUCGCAGGCAUUCGACGUGCUUCAUGAAGCCCUUCAUCGAACUUUCGUUCAGUUACCCUGGGUAUCCGGCCGGGUAUGGCCGCAGUCACCCUCCGCGCCUGGCUGGCGCCCCUCACAGCGUGAAAUCAGGCACGGCGCAGUCGACAUCGACGGGCCUCGGCCGUACCAGCUCAAGUUCCACCAGCUGGAGUCAUCCAUGAGCUACGAGGAAUUGAAGGAGCUCGCGUUUCCCACGGACGUCUUUGAGGACAGCGAGCUGAUCUGGGCGCCGUUUAUGCCAGAUAUCAAUACCGGUCCGGAGGUAUUCGUCGCGCAGGCGAACUUCAUUCCUGGGGGAUGCAUCCUUACCUCGGGCAUGUACCAUUCGGCGGGCGAUGGAGCUGCCGCGGUUGCUGUUCUCAAACUCUGGGCUGAUCAUUGCUGUGCCCUGCAGAUGGACGGGGGCUCAUCGUCGCCGGUGGUGCCGCCGGGACCUGAAAGCUCGGACCGCGGGGUGCUGCAGCGCAUCUGGGAAAAUGGAAGACAGGGGGAGACACAGUUCAUAGUAUGGACCCGGAAGCUUGGCGGUUGCUUGGUCUUGACCCCCCGGGUGUCGGGGAGUCGGCGGAAUCCGACGCAAAGGAGACGAACGGCUGCGAGAAUGGUGAUGGAGGUAAAGAAGCGCAACAAGCACAGCUUGCGAGAGUAG